AUGGAGUCGCCAGCACCAAUGAGCCAGCAGUCUCCAGCUUGUUCGGCGGAGGAGUUCAAACCAAUGUUCCGUGAGCUGAUGUUGGAGUUCAGCGGGAGCAUGACCAAAUCUAUACACGAGUCGAUGGGCACGCUGCGGAAUGAGAUGUCGCACAACCUCCACAUCGUGCGGUCGGAGGCCGAGGCCAGGUGCGCUGCCAUCCAGAUCACCCUCGACUCGCUCCAACAGAACCAGCAGGCGAUGACGGACCGUAUCGUGAAGAUCGAGAGCGGCGGGAGUAUCGGCGGGGGCACCCCUUCCACGCGCGCUGAUCCAUGGGCUGCAUACCAGUCCAGUUCAGGCAGUGGCUCCAGUUCUCAGGGAGACGAUGACAAUAAGAUAUGGCUCCGAGGGUUUCCGCGUAAGAUGUUGGCUCCGCAGUUCAAGGCUCACUAUGAGACGAAAGUGUUACCCCUUCUGCAUGACUCGAUCAAACACAAUGUCAAGCCUGUAUUUCAUAACAUGUCCUUCUCGUACAUGGUUGUGUUCCCGAGCAAGACUCACGCACAGCAGUUCAAGGACGGCAUCGCGUCUCGGCAGAUGGAAUGCGACUGGGUCGACCCUCGGGACAACGUUCAGCACCAGAUUCGUGCUGGUGCGCACAAACCGUUGGAGAUCCGUAAGAGGGGCUUCGUAUUGAGUCAGCUAUGGCGUAUGAUCAAAGAGCACCUCCUCUCUCACCAUUUGUGGCGUGAAGGAGUAUGUAGUUUGGGCACCAACGCGUACAAGGGCUCGCUGUACUUCUCGAACGGAAUCGAGGCCUGGGAGCUGUUCAAGGUUGAGGAGCAGAGCAGCGGGUACCGCAUCACACCCAUGGUGGAGGAUCUCUCUCAGAUCCAGAUGAACGAAGCAG